CAAUGGGCGCAGUUAGACUAGGAAAUGGUUGGGAUGACUGCAUUUCCUGUUUGUCUCCAUGGCACUUCCGAGCUUGCCAACGCUUAUUGUGCCACUAGCUCGCAGCUUGUAAGUUCACGAAUCACCAUCUAGUUAUGUAUUAACAAUGCGAGUCAGUAUUUUGACGCAGGUAACACAGCUACGUGAUAAAUCUGAUACUUUUGGUAUAUGAUAACCUAACGACACUUAUCGAUGCGCCGCCACCAGUGUAGCUGCUAGGAGGUUAAGCUAGUUUGCAUUAGCAGAAGCCUUCCAUGUGCGUGCGAGGCAGCAAUGACGUGCAAGCGGAGCCUGCGGCUGCUGGUGAAGCAGCUGGAGAGGUUCAUAAUACAGUAUAUUUCCUUUGUUCUCCUGUUUUGUCCCGCUGCAUACCAGCCCGGUGAGGCGUGUGCUGCCGUGGCGGAGGAGGGGGACACCAGCCCCGCCACUCUGAUACUGUGCAGGGCGUGCGGACACGAGCUGGCGUUUGGGACGGACAUCAAGCACGUUCACAGCCGGCUGGCGCUCUCCAGCCGGAACGACACACUGAUCGGGGGCCGAAGGGUUAACAUUCAGCUUUUCGAAAACCCCCAUGGACACCAGUUUGAGGUGAUCACGUUCAGAAAAGCUGACGUUACCCAGCACUGGCCGGCCGAUAAACACUUCUCCUGGUUCCCCGGGUUCUCAUGGACGGUGGCCACCUGUCCUCGGUGUAAAACUCAUUUAGGAUGGGCCUUUCAGCCAAGUGACUGGCCAGACAUGAUCACAAAAGCCACCUUUGAGGAUUCGACACACACCUUCUUGGCUUUAAUCAUCGACCGUCUUCUUCGGGAAGACUUUGCUUCGAGUCUGCUAGUGACUCCUAAAUCCUUCAUGAGCUGAUGGACUGUUGACUGUACAAUUAACCCAGGUGCCUUUGCUGCUCUAAAUCUAUUUUUAAAAUGCAUCUGUAUACGCCCACUUGAAAACUCCCACACGUGUAAACACAGUAAGUUUUAUUAUUGUAACAAAGCAAGUUGUACACCUCAAAUUUAAAACAGUUUCUUUUCCCCCCAGCGGAAAAGGAAAGUGUGAUUAAAUGUAAAUUCUAUGAGAUAACAGGUUUGUUUUACCCAUGAAGCAGUGGGGCCAAAAUUUACAAGCUUGUUUUUUUUCCAUUUUGUUCUUUAUUAAAAAUGUCAUUUCAAAUCUCAUGGAUAUCUGUAAAACAAUACAAUGAAAAAAAAAAAAGUCCCAUAGAAAUGGUGUCAAAAUAACCACUCUCCCCAAUAACCAACAUACUCCUGCCCCUCCCCAGCUUACCCCACCCCCCUCCCCCUAAACAUUACAAGUCAAAGGAAUGAGCUGGUACUCGUUAACCACAUUGGGGAAAAAUAACAGUUUUUCCAAGGGAUCGACACCCCAACUGAAAAAAAUUAAAAAAAAAAAAAAAAUGGGGGAAAAGUAUUGAGAGGUAAACUAGCGCUGGGUCACUACACCAUGGCUUUAGUUAAUUUACCACACAACCUUUAACAGGAGGAAUUCUGUGUGAAUUGUUUUCAAAUUCUACUCAGGAUGCCGUGCUGAUUCUAUUUUUAUACUUUUUUAUUAUUAUUUUUGAGAUGAUUUUGGGAUGGUACUCACAAUUCAGGGCAAAGUGCCAUUGGCCUAAGAUGAGUCAAAGGAGAACAUAACAUGGCACCAACAGGUGAAGCCUCAGAAUGGAAAAUGAAGCACACAUGGAUUUUCUUUAAAAAAAAAAAAAAAAA